AUGCUAUGGAUAAAGAUAGUCGUAUUGCGCGCUAAAGUUCCCAAAACCAAGUGGCCCACAGACAAACCCGCUGAGACAUCGCACAAGAAGGAGAAGUCGGUGCUGCAAGCCAAGCUCACUAAACUCGCCAUACAGAUCGGUUACGCGGGUUCCACAAUCGCAGUGCUGACGGUGAUCAUCCUGGUGGUGCAGUUCUGUGUGCGCACCUUUGUCAUCGACGGCAAACCUUGGAAGGCGACUUACAUCAACAACCUGGUGAAGCAUCUCAUCAUCGGUGUGACAGUGCUGGUGGUGGCCGUGCCUGAAGGAUUACCUCUCGCUGUUACAUUGUCACUCGCAUACUCUGUUAAGGUUAGUUUGAUGUUUAAAAUAAUCAUAUAUAGUAGCCGCUAGAAGGUCCGAAUGCAGUCACAGAGCACGAUCACAGACCGACGAGUCCGGACCGACACCGACAGGUCUGGGCCGACACCGACUACUCUAGGUCUACACAGAUACUGACGCACUAGCCCCGCCCACCGAGAUGUCUGUAUUCAGAACAGAAGCGAAGCGUAUUGCGAAGUGCAUGGCAUGGCGCCCGCGCGGUCUACUGUGACUGGAAUUUCGAAUAACCUACGCUUUCUGGCCUCUUUUAUUAAUGGCUCAGUGUGCUUUCAUUUAUGUUUACCAUCGUACACAACUCUUCCUCACGGGACCGCUCCUUCUGGAUUGUCCCAUCGAUGUUGUGCCAUCGGCCCUCUUCCAAGAUUCAAAUAAAAUUAAAUUAAAAAAUAUUUUAAUUUUUGAAUAUUAUAUCGCAUGUUGUUUGAAUCUUGGAUCGUUUGUGUACACCUUAAUUUUAUAAAAUUAUUUGUUGUAACGAAUUACACGGAGCUGUCACCGGCCACAGCGCCGCACUGGCUCCCUACAAGUUGAAUUCCGCAAGCGCAUCAUCAAUGUUGCAAUUUAUAUAUAUCUCCAUAUUUUUUACAAAAUUUGAUUUAUUUCAAGUAAUAUUCGAAAAGAAAAACUGUUCUGUAUUGUCCUGUUACUAAAAUGUCCCCACAUACAAAAUUAACAUAAUUUGCACUGAAUAUAGCAAGUUUGUCACAUAUUUACAAUGUAUAUAUAUCGGUGAGCACUGCGCAGGAAUUCACUUACCCGGCGACCGCGGAGGUCAUGCUGCCUCCGUCGGUCGCUAGGGCUACACGGGGACGUAGCUGCUUUAUUCUUCUCGUUUCUUUGUUGUAAAUACAGUUCAUAUUGGUGCCAACAUUCUAAAGUCAAAGAGCAAUAUUAGCUACGUCCCCUAUGGGAGCCAGCGAGCGGCGCCGUGACCGGCGUCUGCAGCGCCGAGCGGUACUAAAACGUUUGCGCGUGCGCAGAUCCGCGUGGUGAACGCGUUCCGGCAGGGGCUGGACUCCCGCGGCUCGCUGGCCGACGCCGCCCUGGCGGAGGCGCUGCGCAAGCAGACGGCGCUCGCCAAGCGCUUCUCGCACGCGUCCAGCGUCGAUUGCGAGCCGCGCGACGCCCUCGCGCCGCAUGACAUUGACGUGGAGCGCCUCUCCAGCCACAGCCACACCGAGACCGCCGUGUAGCCGC